ACCGCUAGAGGCCUUUCCCAACUUGAAUAUAUGAGAAUAAAAAAUUGCAAAGUCAUGCAACAAAUAAUCACAUAUGAAAGGGAGUCAUAAAUAAAAGAAAAUGACCAUAUGGGAACCAACUUGCAACCAUUCCCUAAAUUACGAUUCUUGGAACUUGAGAAUCUACCAGAGCUUAUGAACUUCGGCUACUUCGGCUCUGAGUUGGAAACAACAUCGCAAGGAAUGUGUUCCCAAGGCAAUCUUGAUAUCCAUAUCCCAUUUUUCAGUUGUCAGGCUUCAUUCCCUAAUUUGGAGGAGUUGGAACUGGACAAUCUUCCCAAAUUGAAGGAGAUAUGGCAUCACCAACUUCCAUUUGGGUCCUUCAACAAUUUGCAGAUCCUACAAGUGUACGAUUGUCCAUGUCUACUCAAUCUUAUCCCAUCUCAUUUGAUCCAAAGGUUGGAGAAUUUGAAAGAGAUAGACGUAAAUGAUUGUGAUGUCCUAGAACAUGUGUUUGUGUUUGAUCUUCAAGGACUAGAUAGAAAUGUUGGGAUCCUCCCAAAGUUAGAAACCUUGAAGUUAGGAGAACUAUCUAGACUGAGGUAUAUCAUAUGCAAUGAGGACAAGAAUGAUAGCAUGAGAUGUCUUUUCUCUCAUCCUACGCUCAUGGAUUUUCAAAACCUCAAACAUCUAUCCAUCCAAGAUUGUAUGGAGGAAGACGAAGAUGAGGGACAUGUCAACACUCCUACAGAAGAUAUAAUGCUCUUCGGUGAAAAGGCUUCAUUCCCUAAUUUGGAGGAGUUGGAACUGGACAAUCUUCCCAAAUUGAAGGAGAUAUGGCAUCACCAACUUCCAUUUGGGUCCUUCAACAAUUUGCAGAUCCUACAAGUAUACGAUUGUCCAUGCCUACUCAAUCUUAUCCCAUCUCAUUUGAUCCAAAGGUUGGAGAAUUUGAAAGAGAUAGACAUAAAUGAUUGUGAAGUCCUAGAACAUGUGUUUGUGUUUGAUCUUCAAGGACUAGAUAGAAAUGUUGGGAUCCUCCCAAAGUUAGAAACCUUGAGGUUGGGAGAACUACCUAGACUGAGGUAUAUUAUAUGCGAUGAGAAUGAUAGCAUGAGAUGUCUUUUCUCUCAUCCUACGCUCAUGGAUUUUCAAAACCUCAAACAUCUAUCCAUCCAAGAUUGUAUGGUGGAAGACGAAGAAGAGGGACAUGUCAAUACUCCUAUAGAAGAUACAAUGUUCUUCGGUGAAAAGGUUUCAUUCCCCAAUUUGGAGACGUUGAGCCUCAUUAAUCUUCUCAAGUUGAAAAAGAUAUGGCAUCACCAACCUUCACCCAGGUCAUUCUACAAUUUGCAAAUCCUAGAAGUGUGCAAUUGUUCAGGUCUUCUCAAUCUUAUCCCAUCUCAUUUGAUACAAAAGUUCAACAAUUUAAAAAGGAUAAAAGCCUAUGAGUUGGAAGUCCUAGAACAUGUGUUUGAUAUUCAAGGACUUGAUAGAAAUGUUAGGAUCCUCCCAAAGUUAGAAACCUUGGAGUUAGAAGGACUACCCAGGUUGAGGAAUAUUAUAUGCAAUGGGGACAAGAAUGAAAGCAUGAAAUAUCUUUUCUCUUCUCCCACACUCGUGGAUUUUCAACACCUCAAAUGCCUAUCUAUCAAAAGGUGUGCGAAGGAAGAUGAUGACGAGGGACAUAUCAGUAUUCCUAUCAAAGAUGUAGUGCUCUUCAAUGAGAAGGUUUCAUUCCCUAACUUGGAGGAGUUAAAACUCGAUGAUCUUCCCAAAUUGAAGAUGAUAUGGCAUCACCAACUUUCACUUGAAUUCUUUUGCAAGUUACGGAUCUUAAGUGUGUGUAAUUGUCCACGUCUAGUCAAUCUUGUACCAUCUCAUUUGAUUCAAAGCUUCCAAAAUUUGAAAGAGGUAGAUGUGUGUGAUUGUAAAGUCCUAGAACGUGUGUUCGAUCAUCGAGGACUUAAUCGAGAUGUUGGAAUCCUCCCAAAAAUAGAAAUUCUAAAGUUAGAAAAACUACCUAGACUAAGGCUCAUUAUAUGCAACGAGGACAACGAGGACAACAAUGACAACAUGAGAUAUCUUUUAUCUCCUUCCAAGUUCAAGGAUUUUCACCACCUCAAAGAGCUACAUAUCAUUAAAUGUGGGAUACUCUUCGAUGAAAAGGUUUCAUUCCCUUCUAAUUUGGAGGUGUUGGUUAUAAAAAGUCUCCCCAAGUUGAAGGAGAUAGAUGUUAGGAUCCUUUCAAAGUUAAAAAUCCUACGGUUAGAGAAACUACCUAGGUUAAGAUGUAUUAUAUGCAACGAGGAUAAGAAUGGCAGUGAAAGAUGUCUUUUGUCUCCUUCCAUGUUCAAGACUUUUCUCAAUCUCGAAGAGCUACAUACCAUUGAUUGUGGGAUUGAAGACAAGAGAGAUGUGUAUACUCCUACUAAUGAUGUAGAGCUCUCCAAUGAACAGGUUUCAUUCCUUGAUGGAGUAUCUUAUGAAGCUUUUGAAUCAAGAGCCUCCACUUUCAACAAAAUUAUGGAUGCUUUAAGAGAUGACGAGAUCAACUUGUUUGGAGUAGUGGGGAUGGGCGGCGUGGGCAAAACCACACUGGUGAAACAAGUAGCUCAACAAACUAAGCAACAGCACUUGUUCACUGCACAACUCUAUAUAGAUGUAUCCUGGACUCGAGGCUCUUGUACACUUCAACAAGAAGUAAUUUCAUAUAUUCAACAAAAUAUUGCAGAAAAGUUAGACUGGGAAUUUAAGGGGUUGGAUGAAUCCACAAGAGCAGUUGAACUGAAGCAAAGACUGACGAAAGAGAAGAUCCUUAUAAUCUUAGAUGACAUUUGGAAGGAGAUUGAUUUGGAGAAAGUUGGAAUUCCUUGUAAAGAUGAUGAGAAAGAAUGCAAAAUAGUGUUGGCUUCUAGGGAUGGAGACAUAUUAUGCAAAGACAUGGGCGCACAAAUAUGUUUUCCAGUGGAACAUUUACCACUAGAAGAAGCUUGGAGUUUUUUUAAGAAGACAACAGUGAUUCCGUGGAGGAGAAUCUUCAACUGCGACCCAUGGCCAUAGAAGUAGUGGAAGAAUGUAAGGGUUUACCAAUUGCAAUCGUAACAAUUGCCAAGGCAUUAAAAGAUGAGACCGUGGCUGUAUGGAAGAAUUCCUUGGAACAACUCAGGAGUUGUGCUCCAACAAACAUCAUAGGAGUGGAUGAAACGGUGUACUUCUGUCUGGAGUGGAGCUACAACCAUUUGAAAGGUGAUGAAGUCAAGUCAUUGUUCUUACUUUGUGGUUCGUUGAGCUGUUAUGAUAUUUCAAUGGAUGACUUAUUACAAUAUGGUAUGGGUUUAGACUUGUUUGACUGCAUCGACUCAUUGGAGCAAGCAAGAGAUAAACUACUUGCAUUGGUGGAAAUCCUCAAAGCCUCAGGCUUGUUACUUGACAGUCAUGAAGAUAGACACAAUUUUGUGAGGAUGCCCGAUGUUGUUUAUGAUGUUGCCAGAGAAAUUGCAUCCAAGGAUCCUCAUCCAUUUGUAGUCAGAGACGAUGUUGGAUUGGAAAAAUGGUCAGAGACUGAUGAAUCCAAAAGCUGUACUUUCAUCUCUUUGCGUUGCAAAAUUGUGCAUGAGCUUCCUCAAGGGUUGGUAUGUCCGGACCUUCAAUCUUUUCUAUUGCACAGAAACAAUCCUUCCUUGAAUAUUCCGAACACAUUUUUCGAAGGGAUGAAAAAACUCAAAGUUUUGGAUUUGUCAAAUAUGCAUUUUACAACACUACCUUCAUCACUUGAUUCCCUUGCAAAUCUCCGAACAUUGCGUCUAGAUGGGUGCGAGUUGGAAGACAUUGCUCUAAUUGGAAAGCUAACAAAACUAGAAGUUCUUAGCUUGGCCGGUUCUACAGUCCAACAAUUGCCUAAUGAAAUGGUGCAACUGACCAAUCUAAGACUGUUGGAUUUGGAUGAUUGCGAGGAGCUUGAAGUAAUUCCACGAAAUAUCUUAUCAAGUUUGUCUCGAUUAGAAUGUUUGAGCAUGAUAUCUAGCUUUACUAAAUGGGUGGUUGAAGGUGAAAGCAAUGCUUGUUUAUCA